CGCUGCAGCUACGAGAGCUCGCCGUGGCUGCAGGUCUCUGGAUCUGGGAUCCAAGAAGCGCCGAUGCAGGUAUACUACGGUGCGCUUGUGUUUACGCCAGAGCGAAGCAUUGUUCGGCGUCAGUUCAGACGGGAAAUGCCAAAAGAAGUGCAAGUGAAGUCUGGGCUUGAGGAAGACUGGGGGCCUCUGCUGCAGACGCUCGAGGGCCAUACGGACUAUGUCACAAACGUGGCCUUCUCGGCAGCAGGAGAUCGAUUGGCAUCGGCUUCGUGGGAUCAGACGGUACGGGUGUGGGAUGCGCAGACUGGACAG